UGUGCUGUGUCCCUCGGACAGAGCGGAUCACCGAUCACGGAAAGAGCCGAAGAUGUCGGCUCGGUCGGUCAUGUGAUCAGCUGUGUCCAAUCACAGCUGAUCACAUGGGACAUCUACACUGAUCAUCAGGGCACUGAUGAUCAGUGUGCCCUGAUGAUCAGUGUAGCCCCAGCAGUGCCACCUGUCAGUGUCCAUCAGUGCCCACGUGUCAGUGCCACAUCAAUGCCACAUAUCAGUGCCUACCAGUGCACAUCAAUGCCACAUAUCAGUGCCCAUCUGAGCUGUCUUUCAGUGUCAGUGCCGCCUAUCAAAGCUGCCUAUCAGUGCCAUGUAUCACUGCUGCCUUUCAGUGCCCAUCAGUGAUG